GUGUGCAGCAAGUGUGUUUGUGAAGGUGCAUGCCCUGACACAGCAUGUUUGAAGAGCUCCUGCAGGCUCCUGCUUUGGCCUCCUGGUUGGGGCUUCUUGCAGGCUUGCUGGCCGUCUAUCUUUUGUACUCCAGUUGGACUUUCCAAGAUGAACAGAAGCGUCCUCCUGGGCCCAGACGUCUUCCCUUGCUUGGUAACCUGCAUCAGUUGGAUCUCAAGUGGCUUGAUAAGUCCCUAUUUGACCUGUCUAAAAAGUACGGACCGGUGUUUACCGUCUACUUGGGACUCAAGAAGGUGGUGGUCCUGGCUGGAAGCAAGACAGUCAGACAGGCUCUCAUCAACCAUGCUGAGGAGUUUGGGGAGAGAGAAAUCACCCCUUUAUUCCACGAUUUCACCAAAGGGCACGGCAUAAUAUUCUCCAAUGGCGAUAGCUGGAAGGAAUUGAGGCGCUUUACCUUAACAACUCUGAGAGAUUUUGGGAUGGGCAAGAGGCUCAGUGAGGAGAAAAUCACUGAGGAGUGUCACUACCUCAUUGAAGAGUUUGAAAAACAUAAAGGCAAAGCCUUUGACACAACAACGAUCAUCAGCUAUGCGGCUUCAAAUAUCAUUUCGGCCAUCAUGUUCGGAGAGAGGUUUGACUUUAAAGAUCCAGUCCUCCAGGAUAUGGUGAAAAAUGUCCAAGAAACCACCCGCCUGUCUGGAUCAGCUUCCAUUGUGAUCUACAAUGUGUUUCCAUGGCUGGGUCCUUGGCUUAAAAACUGGAGGGAUUCAAUGAAGAAUGUGGAGAUCAACAAACACAAUUUAUUGCAAUUGAUAAACAAACUAAGGGAGACUUUCAAUCCUGACAUAUGUCGGUGCUUUGUCGAUGCUUUCUGCACACGUAAACAGAGUCUGGAGGAGUCUGAUGCUCAGAAGGUGCACUACCAUGAUGAAAACCUGGUCAGCAGCGUGAUGAAUUUGUUUGGCGCUGGAACGGACACAACAUCAAACACUCUUCGCUGGAGUCUACUUUUAAUGGCCAAGUACCCUAAAAUACAAGAUCGGGUCCAGGAGGAGCUUAGUAGGGUGGUGGGAGACCGUCAGAUCACAAUGGAGGACAGGAGGAACCUGCCUUACAUCGAUGCUGUCAUCCACGAGACACAGAGGUUCUCCAACAUUGUCCCCACGUCCAUCCCUCACAGCACCAGCAGAGACGUCACCUUCCAGGGAUACUUCAUUGAAAAGGGGACCACUGUGCUCCCUCUGCUGACAUCUGUCCUCUAUGAUGAGAGUGAGUGGGAGACACCAAACACCUUCAACCCUUCCCACUUCCUGGACGAGGAGGGUACAUUCAUCAGGAGGGAUGCUUUCUUGCCCUUCUCUGCAGGCCGCAGGGCUUGUCUUGGGGAAGGUCUGGCCCGGAUGGAGCUCUUCCUCUUCUUCACACACAUCCUGCAGCGCUUUCGAUUCACCCCUGCACCCGGGAUGUCGGAGGACCAGCUGGAUUUGACUCCAGUGGUGGGCUUUACCCUCAGUCCUCUACCACACCAGUUGUGUGCUGUGAGUUGCCACUGAGAAGGAGUUGUUUAGAUAAAAGUAAAAGGAGUGUCUCAUACCUUUGCACUCAGUCUAUCAAUUUAGGAAUAAUGAUUAACAUUAUUAACAUUAUAAUUUUAUAAAAUAUCAAAGUACUGCAAAUAAUGUCCACAAUGUGACAUUUGAAACACUUUGAAAUGGUUGACUUAUACUUUAUAUUAGUGUUUGGAAUUAUGUUCAAGUGGUCCAAAACCAAAUACAUUAAGUUUUUUAUUUCGUGGAUUCUAUCUUGAAUAAAUAAGAUCAUGCAAAUUUAGAUUGUCCUGAUGGGCAGCACGGUGGAACAGGGGUUACAAUAAGAAGGUCCUGGGUUUGAUCCCUAGGCUCCCACCUCCAAAGACAUGCACCCGGGGAUAGGUUGAAUGGCAACAAUAAACUGACCCGAGUGUGUGAGUGUGAAUGUUGUCUGUCUAUCUGUGUUGGACCUGCGAUGAGGUGGCGACUUGUCCAGGGUGUACCCCGCCUUCCAACCGAUUGCAGCUGGGAUAGGCUCCAGCCAACCCCGCGAUCCCGUCACUUUCUCCUAAUAAUACAAUUAUUAAUAAUCUGUUAAAGUCAAACAAAAUAAAGCAUAGUGCAAUAAUUCAACCAAAAUUCCAACACUUGUGGCCAUCAUUUUGUGUUUGUUAUUUAUUGUUUUGAAAAGGAUUUAAAUACCUUUGUUAUUUAAAAAUACAAUUUAUAUAUCUAUCAUAUUUUGAAAAAAGGGAAAACAUUUUGGGUAUGGAAAAUUACAAUAACAAUAUGCAAUACAAACAUUUGAUUGUAUUUAGAAUAGAAUAUACGAAUAUAACUUUAUUUUCAUUGCACUUAAAGCCCUACUUAACCCUUGUGUGGUGUUCGGGUCUGUAGGACCCGUUUUCAUUUUUUACUAAAAGAAAAAUUAUACAAUUAAUUAACUUUUCAAACUGAGACUCACUGACUUUGGCUCAUUUUCUGCGAAGAACAUAUAUCAGCAUACAUAUUUAAUGACCACACAGCAUACACCCCCCCUACACAUUUCUAUUACAUAUAAGAUGUCCGGGUCCAUUGGACCCGGGGCUAAUAGAAGUGUGGAAAUUGAUGUUCUGUGUACCACACACACACACACACACACACACACACACACACACACACACACACACACACACACACACACACACACACACACACACACACACACACACACACACACACACACACACACACACACACACACACACACACACACACACACACACACACACACACAGCAGGCCUAGACAGGAGGAGCACAGAGUGUAGGUACACAGAACAUCAGAGGGUCAAAUGUGCGAGAAAAUGAGAGCAGACAGUGUUGACAAACAAUGUUGCAACCUUGUGUGGGAACCGCAGGUGCAGAAACACAAAAGAAGAAUCCCUGUGGGAUGCAGAAACUGGCAGAGAAAUUUUCCGUGCAACGUUCAUAUUGUUGUUACUCACCCAGCGUUUGUGUUAAUGUUAAAAUACUGAACAGAUGUUUAUUGGGAUAAGGUAAACAUCUGUUCAGUAUUUUAACAUAAAAGUGUUUUAUUGUGAGGCAUUAAAAGCCACAAAAUGCAACGGGUCCAUCAGACUCACAAUCGCUGGCUGAGUAACAACAAUAUGAACAUUACACAAGGGUUAAGAACUUUCAGUUUUGGUUAAUUUUGGCGACACCAGUGGACAUAAGCGGUAGUGUUUUGCCAGAAGUAAGACCACAUUUACAAUGAAGAUUAGUGCAUAUAGCACACAACAUCACCACAAGGAUUUAAUAUUACCGAUCAGUAGGAAGUAUCCACGGUAUGAACCUACAAAUUUUACUCAAACUUUAUAUCUGCAGUUUGCAGUCAUCACAUUGUUUUUUUCUUUAUACAGUACUUUUGAGUUUGUUGCGUGGCCUGGUGGUGUCAGUGUAGAACUGCAAACUAUCAAGCUGGUGGUUAUUUAUUGCUACCACGCACAUUUCCGAUAGCUAGUGAAGUGAAUUAAUGGACUCAUAUUAUUUUCAACAUAUGGUGAAUGUUUAUAUUCAAUUUGGAGAAAGCGAACCAAAAGGUUUAAGUAAAUAAUGGUUGAGAAGGAGCUUUAGUUGGACAUUCGCAUGUGGACUGGAAUUAGCUCUCUCACGAGAAGAAGCAAUAAAACCAGGCUUCGGAAUGCAAAAGUGAUAGCUCUAUCCGGGCGGAGAGAUUCCAUGUUUAUCUUAAACGUCAACCUACAAGUUAUAGUAUACAUCUGUUGUCUUCCCAGUCACUAGAAUAAAUGACUGAUGGUUUGGCUUCUCCAAGUUAGGAUUCCUUCAUUUUUUUUUAACUAAGCUCCUCCGGGUACUGCAGACCUGUUUAAU